UAGUGUUGGUCUCUAGGCUAAAGUUUCUUUGCUACUUUGGAAGUAACUGAUUUCACCACAUUUGGAAGGCGCUGAGGGAGAGGGUGUACUCCUCCAACCAUCUCUCUCUGACACACACACACACACACACACACUGCUGCUUGUGUAUGUGCGUGCAUCCACGUCCCAGGACUAUCAGGACUACAGCAGUCCAGCUGAGCGUUGGAAACUGCACAGCCCAUGCUCAGUGAUGGCCUCUCUGGUGCAGCUGUUCGUAGACACGCCUCAUCUGGAAAACGUUUAGAACUCUGACGACAUCCGCAUACACACUUUGGGCACCACAACACACUCCUGCUUAGCCAUGUACAGUGUGGAGGACCUUCUUAUCUCUCAUGGAUACAAAAUCAGCAGCAACAACAAUGUCCCUCCAUCGCACUCAUCAUCAUCCUCGAUUCAUGAACAGCGUCCGCCGACGCGCAGCAACAGUCGGUGUGAAAUCACAGACAAGCGGACGGGACAUGGCGCAGCGAACGGCUAUAAAGCGGACUCUGUUUAUGAUGGUGGUGUGAAACAGACUUCAAUUCAGGGUGGCCCCAGUGACACAGAGAUCAGGGACAAGAAACAGAGGACAGAGGAGGACAAUGCUAACAUAGUUGAUGGACACUCACCAGGAGGCACCUUGACCAGCGACAGUGGAUUUCAUGAUGGCCACAGAGAAGCGUACACUCAUCUAAGGCCAGACCGUGAUGCAUCUUUCUGGCGGAGACGGGGUCAAGACUUCAAUGUGCUCGUGGACUAUACAGACAUCAGGGAGCCGCAAGGAAAGAAAUUAGGUGGCCCACAUAAAGCAGAGGGCAUGCAACGAAGGCCAGAGUCAGCAUUAACCACUGAAGAGCAUCGUCGUGAAAGACAACGCAGAGCAGACAGUGCACGUGCCAGAGAGCGUGACCUGGCCCUCUACCAGUGGAAAAUGGCAGCAGAGAGGAAGUAUCAAAGCCUGGGAACAGAAGAGUGGCGUCCAGCUGUAGGAAUAGGUCGCCAUGUGUCUGAAAGUGAAGCUGAAAAAUGGGCACAGGAGCAGCGUCGGCCUCGAACAGCAGAGGGUGCUGUUCCCCCCAGGACCAAAGCCAAAUCCCAGUCCCUACCCAGAAUGGCCAUGCCCUCGGACAGCAUCCAGUACUUAAGCAUGUCAUCCUCUGGCCAAGAUCAAUUUGGAGGCUAUCGAAUAAAUGGGCACCAGUCGGGGGUACCUCAAGGUCGCAGUCUCAGUGAAGGGGAAGGUAGAGGAUGGACUGGGAACAGCCGGUCAGACAUACAGUCUGUAACCCCAUCAAAGCCUCGUUUUAGCCGACCUCUUAGACCCCCAUCAUAUGAGGUUCACCAACAGAUGCGUGGAAGUUCAGAGAUGCUCUCUAAUGAUUUUGUGCCCAGAGACAGAACUCCACUGCCCUUUUCCAGACAGGAUUACUUUGCACAAGAACUUGGUUCUGGCAUGGAGCCCCCAGGUUACAUCCCUCCACCCUCAUAUAGGAGGCAACCUGUCAUCAGGGGAGGGCACAGGAUUUAUGCCAAUUCCAUGGGGAACUACCAGUACAGGGGAGACACAUACAUGCAAGGGCCUGCCAUGGCCGAGGUCCAGGAAUGGUUCAUGAGACAAACAGGAAUGGCUUGGCCCAACAAUUAUAGGGAUGGGAGAAGGAGUAUGCCAUGUAGGAGACAGGCAUACCCUGGUUAUGGGGAGGAGCACUUAGGGAAUGUUCAGUACAUCCCCUUUGAUGAUCCACGUGUCAGACAUCUAUCAGGAGGCAGAAUGGAUGGAAACUCACUGACAGAUGCUGACAAAAUCAGGAGUAUCAGAAAAGACAUCCCCAUCACCUCCAUAUCUAAAAAGUCUCCUGAUGACAGUGCCUUCCUGCUCACAGGAAAAUCUUUCAGCAGCACAGAAGCACGUAACAGCAAUAUCAGUGAUUGUGUUAAUGAAGCAGUCAUGCAUAAGGAGGUUUCAGGAGAGGUGAUCAACUCAAAAACAACCAAUGAUGAAAACUCCAACAGAUACCCAACCAGUCCUGACUAUCCAAAUGCCCUCCAAACAUCAUCACAACAGAAAUCCAGCAUGGACCAACAAUUCUGUGAGACAGUAACACAAGUAAAGACAUUUGAGGCACAAACAGCAGCUGAAAACAAGAAAAACAAAAAGAAAAUUAAAGAGACAAUGUUUUGCUUAGUGUCAGUUCCAAUAAACAUGGUAGUCAAUAAAGGAGCUACUGAUCCUAAUAACAAUGAAAAAGUCUCAAGCUUGGUGGUAUUACCUACAGAAAAUUCAAUGACACCGAGCUGUAGCAAGGAAAUGCCAAAGAGUGCAAAUAACAAUGACCAAUUAAUACAAUCCAGCAGCUCUUUAAACACAAAAAAGUCCAAAAGAGCUCCGCUUCGGAAAGAGAUUAUAGAUGUUUGGUCUCUUCAAGCAAAUGCUGACAAAGAAUUGUGCUAUGCAGGAUCCUGGCCAGGAGAACAGUAUAAAAAUCAAGAGACUCAGACAAGUUCUCUUGAGGGUUCUAGAAAUACAAAUACACAGUGUCCUCAAACCCAGGUCACACAUGACCCUCCAUCGUCCACAGACAGUGGGCUAGGCACUGAAUGUAGUGUCAACUACAAGUGUCCCAUAAAAUUCCAAAAGAAUAUCAGCCUUUCCUGCAACAGUGCAUUUUCCCAAACAAAAAUGGAUAGCAGCUCAAAUAUAAGAAGCCCAGAUCAAUUUGUAACAACUUCAUCACCACCAUCUCCUAAUCGCCAGCCACCACUGAGAAAGAAUGCACCAAAACUUCGGUCACUAAAUGGCCAAGAGGCGUUUGGCCAGUUCUUGUUAAAACCUGUAAACAGGCGACCGUGGGAUGCCAUUGGUGAGCUGGAGUCUUUUAACAAGGAACUGCAAGAUCAAAAUGCCAAACAAAAAGCCACUGAUCAGGCUAUAGAGGACCUGGACGAGGCAUUGAGAAACAUUUUAGAGGUAGACAACACAAGCACAGAGUUUAUUAAACCUGAGUUGGCUGCACAUAGGUUUAAACAGCCACACAGUCCUGAGCCACAGCUAAAGAAUGAAAACUUGGGCUUGAGGUUAGAUUUAGAGCACAGAUGUGUGACUCAAACGAGUAAAGAGUUCAGGGAAGUAGGAAGUGCCUUGUCUACACUGACAGGGAGUUUUGUUCUUCGUGACAUCCCACCAAGACAGGACAUGGAUGGGGAGUUUGUCAAUUAUGAGGGCUUGAGUAUGGUGCAGGAUGACCUGAGCAUGGACGUGUUAGAUAUUCCAGUGCCAAAGGAGUCGUUACUGAAGGAUGUUGGACUUACAGUCUACACAGCGAUUCCAGACUCUGUGAAACUGGAGUCACCUAUAGGUUUAAGCCCAGAGUCUCCGAUGCUGACUAGUCCCUCUGACACCUCAGAAGCUGACGCUGCACAUGUUACAUCUUCAGAUAGUGGAGGAGAUCAAAACGCAAACAGCCCAGACAUUAGUGCAAAUCAUAAGUUCUCAAAUAGUAAUGUAUGGUUUGACCACAAGAAUGUGUCAGAGAACAGCAAGGUUAACACUGACUCAGGAAGGUCACCUCACAUUUACGGUGUCAGAAGGCAGCAUUUUACAUUUAUGGCAGACUAUGAUGAUGAUGAUGAUGAUGAUGAUGGUCCAUAUCUAAUCAAUAAAAAAUCUAUAGCAGAUGAACAUCUGGAGGCUCUUCUUAGUCAAGAGAAAGCCAAUAGCAUGCCAACAGAAGAUCUUAGCAACCUCUAUCAAAUUCAGUGUGCCAAAGGAAUUCCUGUGCAUGAGUCCAUUGAACAGAGGGCAGCAAGGAUCCUGGGCAUUGCUGUACCAGUUGAAGCUUUGGUUGUCGGUCAAGAUUGCAAACAGGAUCAGGAAGAUGAUCAUAAUGGCAAACAGAGUAAGGAAAAGCCUGAAUUUGUUAGUCAGUGCAUGAAAUUAAGGUCAAAUAAAGAAACACAGCAAGUAAGUAAGAAGUAUAAGCAAGUGAUUGAGACAUCAGUCCACACACACAAACUGAUGGAGAUGAGUAAUACUGCGAUUGGGGAAGACCGUGAUUCUACAGGAGACACAUCCACCAAGGAGAGUCAUACUGCUCCUUUAGUGUUAGAUAUACCUGAAUUUCCACCCAAUAAACUGCGUUUAUCACUUCCAGUGACUAAAGAUGAGGAUCUGACUUUAAGUGUGUGUGGAGGUGAGAAAAAGGUUAUGCCGGCUGCAGACUUGUGUGAAGGCCAACCGGACAAGUCCAUCGUAUAUCACCCAUCUUCUGUGUGCAGAAAUGGAGAACCGUCUGCAGAGCACGUUAAUCCUGUCGUGGAGGAUGAGUCAAUGUCAUGCGUCAGCGCUUUCAAAAAAGUGAUCCAGAAAGGGAGGGGAGAAGAGGAAAUAGGAAAGGAAAGAACUGAAAAUAGAGUUCAAGAGGACAACAUAUUAGAAGGAGAAGAGGAGCAAUUUGUGAUGAAUGAAAUGAAAGUAAACGAGUGGCAGGCUGCUUUUGAGAUAAAGAUAGAUGAGGAUAUUGAUGGAAAAAGGGAUGAGGAAGAGAAGACAAAAGAAGAAGUAGUGGAAAGGACAAUACAUUCCCCAGAGUCCAUGGGUUGCUCAGUCCCAGGUCCUCAGUCACGCAGUGGAACAGUGGUCAAGAGAGAGAUCACACUCCCGGACAACUUUAGUAUGACCACUGAUUCAGAUUCACCUGAGGAGGAGGACAUUCAGUCUGCUUCAGACUCUUAUGAUCCCAGUCGAGUUGAGAGGGUGUAAACUUGGACAUUGGCACAGCAUCUCAGACUGCCCACAUUGUCCUGUCCUGUCCUGUCCUGUCCUGUCACUGUGACCUGGCUGGCAAAUCAGUCAAAACUUUCAAUUUUCUUUAAAAAUUCCAUUUUUUCUGGUUAUGGUUGUUAUUGUUGUGGUUGUUGUUGUUCUAAACAAUAACUGACACUUUCCUCAUGUUAUGCAUAUAUUUUUUACAACAUAUUUUUAAUAAAAUGAGAAUUAAGAUUCUGUCUAUACGAAGCUGUUGAGAAGAUAUAACCUAGAUAUGAAAAUGUAUUACGUUUAAAGGCUGUAAAUAGUUUGAUCUGCACCAGCACAUGUUGAUGUUUGUCAGUUUUUUACCAAAUAAGUUUCUAAAGCAAUUAAAACUAAAUACACAACAUGCCAGCUUGGACUUCUAAUCUCCCGCAAUAUAAGCGUUGACAACGAGCAAAUGUAUAAACUGAAAAAAAGGGUCUUCCAUUGUGUAAAAAAAGCAAAUGUGAAUGAAUAUUUAAUGUUUUAUCCAUUAGCAACAUAAAGCAUCAUGCUCAUUAACAAAAAGCACAACUGAAUGUUGUAUUUUGACAGCUAUUAGAUCUUCAUAUCGGCGUGUCCAUGUAACUGUUAUUAGGUCUUAUGUUAUAUUAUGUAUUAUGUUACAUUUUUCAAACAUGUGAUACAUUUCAGCAAUUUUUUUUUUCACUAUCAUAUGAGCUUGUAAUUCUCAGUAACCAGCAGAAAAUAUUAUAUCUUGUUAGAGAUGCAAAAACUAAAAAGGUGUAUUUAUUUUUCUCAAGCAAUCCUCAGUCUGUACAAAGAAAAUGCAACAUUAUUAAAUUACUUGACAUUUAAUCGUGCAAUUCUAUUUUGCUUGAUUACAAUCACUUUGCAAAUGUCACAUGGGAGCGUGUAUAGUUUUCUGCAGAGUGUGUGCAGUAAAUGCGCUUUCAGAUGAUGGUGUGCCUUUAGCAGACGCAGAAAUGUCAACGUGUAUUGUGUGUUGUUUGUAUGUCAUACAGUAUGCUACUACAGCUCACUUAGCAAGUUAAAGUAUUGUGUUCUUGAUAACUGUCUUGCAUGCUCAGUGUAAUCGUCACCUGAAGUUCUCCUAUUAGUGCACCAUUGCUAUUAGUAAUUCAUUAACACUGUUUAAUGUUACUGUAUAUUAAUGGAGGAACUUGAGGAACAGCUACAAGAGAACUUUAAUAUGAUAAAACACACUGUCAUUGUUGUUGAGGUGAUUUUGGGCACUCAGGCCAUGCGCUCUAGAUGAUGAUUUAAUCUAUAAGCAUAUGGGAGGUUGUUGAAGAAAAUGGUCUUGUGUACAUUUUACAGUAAAUAAGUAAUGUUGUCAGUGUUUAGGUUUAGAACACAAAUGAGUAUUUGUUGCUAAAAAUGUAAUAAUUUCCUUUAAUAAUCCUUUCUAGUUUCAUACAAAAAGUGUGUGUGUAUGUAUGUAUGUAUCUGUUCUUGUGUAAGUCACUGUAGCUGUGUGUUGAUUAUUAAUUCUGUGUCAGCAUGAGAUAAGCAGUCAUUCAUGUAAAACUGGGGAUUAGGGUUUUGCAUUUUAUUUCAUUUGGUACUAUAUAAUAAAAAUCAUUAUAUUUCAAAAUGCAUAUUUGUAUCUUCCAGGAGAAAACAAUGAUAUUUAAAAUAAAAUAUAAUUUUUUUAGAGUAUUUUAAAGAAUGAAAGUGUUUAUUAUAUCGGCACAUAUUCAAAGCAACUGGUUUGAAACACAGUGUUGGGAAAGUGUUGCUUUCUUUGUACAUUACAACAAAGUAUUAAUGAAUAAACUGUUUGCAUGGAU